GUCACAAUCUUAAAAUAUAUAAUUGUUAUGUAUCACGAUCAUGUUAAUUAGCAACUUUGAAGAACCAAACUUUAUAUAGUAAGAUAAAUUUAGUUCAAAUAUCAAUGUUUCAUUUCACUAUAUCGAAAACUGACCAAAACUCUGGUCAGACAAGACUUAUUACCGAAACCAAAAAGCAGCACACGUAGCAUGAGGCAAAACUAAGCACAUGACUUCACAACAACCAGAUGUUCACAUAUUAAACAAAACAAGAGUCACAAACGGCGAACCAAACUCCAAAAAUACUAAAACUGGCCUUCCUUGUAUAAAACCCACCCCAACACAUACGGUCCCAAUGAAUGAUUUCACUUCUCAAUCUUACUGACACACAAGCAUGGACCGUCAUUCCACUUUGAUCUUAUCUAUAUUACUCAACGCUUUGACCACAACCUUCUUCUCUCCGGUUUAUGCCGGAACUUUCGACAGAGAAUUCGAUAUCACUUGGGGUGGUGGUCGUGGGAAAGUCCUAAACAAUGGAGAGCUUCUCACUCUUUCUCUCGAUAGAGCCUCCGGAUCUGGAUUCCAAUCCAAGAAAGAGUCUUUGUUCGGAAAAAUUGAUAUGCAAAUCAAACUCGUCCCUGGAAACUCUGCCGGAACCGUCACUACCUACUAUCUAAAGUCGAAAGGUGAUACGUGGGACGAGAUAGAUUUCGAGUUUCUUGGUAAUCUAACUGGUGAUCCGUAUGUGAUGCAUACAAAUGUGUAUACUCAAGGCAAAGGUGAUAGAGAACAACAAUUUCAUCUCUGGUUCGAUCCAACGGCUGAUUUUCACACUUACUCUGUUCUAUGGAACCAUCAUCACAUCGUUUUCUUGGUUGAUGGAAUUCCGAUUAGACAAUUCAAGAACUUAGAACAUAGGAGAAUUCCAUAUCCAAAAAUGCAGCCAAUGAGGCUCUACUCGAGUCUCUGGAACGCGGACCAGUGGGCUACGAGAGGAGGGCUUGUUAAGACCGACUGGUCCAAGGCGCCAUUCACCGCUUCUUACAGAAACUUUAGAGCGGACGCAUGUGUCUCGUACACUGGAAAACCAUCUUGCCCAGCCGGUUCACCAAGAUGGUUGUCUCAUAGGUUUGAUCUAACGGCGGAAAAUAAUAUGAGGGUAGUGCAGAGGAAGUUCAUGGUUUAUAACUAUUGUACGGAUUCCAAGAGGUUUCCUCAAGGAUUUCCUAAGGAGUGUGGUAUUCACUAGCUUCACGGCUUGUAUAGUUAAUUAAUGGUACUUCGAAUGUAUGUAUUGUUACGUGUUUUCUUUUUCUGUGUAUGUAUUCAUCUUUUCGGUUUGAUAGCACAAUGACAGAAUUAGGAAAACCACUAAGGUACAAGCUAUCGUUGAGAGCGAGUUAUCGGUUUUGUUUUUAUUGUUUCAUUUACAUAUUACAAUCAUCUAAGUGUAUUCAAUGUUUAUUUUGGA